AGUUUGGGCUUUUGCAAACUCGAGCAGAGUGAAGAUAGAUUGAUCAAUGGAGCUAAAAGCUGCAGUUUUGCCUGUUGUGCUUGUGCUUGGAAUGAUACUUCACGUUGCAAUGGCUGCGCAAGGAACCGCAACGUACUAUGACUCUCCAUACACACCAAAUGCCUGUGCGGAUAACAACCUUCCAGCUGAUCAUAUGUUUGCAGCAGGCAGUGCUGCGAUUUACAUGGGCGGCAGCGGCUGUGGAGACAUGUACACCAUCAAAUGUGUUCGGCAGAACAACCAGGGGCCCUAUGGUUGCACCAACAAUCCUGGUCCUUACACCAUCAAGAUUGUGGAUUACUGCCCCGAGGGUUGCAAUGGGACUUUUGAUUUGCCUCACGAGCUGUUCCAGAAGAUGGCCGAUCCAAAUGCCGGCAACAUCAUUGUGGAGUAUCAGAAGAUUUGACUUAUAUAAAUCCCACAAAGGAUGGUGAGCAAGAGCGACAAAGCAAAGAAAUAAGAAUGUAAUAAAACUUGGGAAGGGACAACCAGGUUCUAGAAAGCAUUUUUUUUGUGCU